AUGCCACCAAAAAAAGACCCAGUGAAUAGACACUACCGACGGCUCGAAGUAAUCGGGCGCGGAAAGUUCGGAACAGUAUACAAAGGGCUCGAUCUCGCGACAAAGAAACUUGUGGCAAUCAAAGUUUUGAACCUCGAUACUGAACAAGAUGAGGUUUCAGAGGUGCAAAAAGAAAUUCAGUUUCUCUCGCAAAUCAAGAGCAUCCCAAAUGUGACCCACUACUACGGCUCGUACCUAAACGGGCACAAUCUCUGGAUUGUGAUGGAUUACUGCGCGGGCGGCUCUGUGCGGACGUUGCUUUUACCGGGGCCGCUCGAGGAAAAAUUCAUCAGCGUGAUUGCCCGGGAGUUGCUGCAGGCGCUCCAGUUCAUCCACAAUAACGGGGUGAUCCACCGGGACAUCAAGGCGGCAAAUAUUCUCAUCAGCAAGGAGGGCCGGGUGCAGCUCUGCGACUUCGGCGUGGCGGCGCAGCUCACGUCGACGGCGUUCAAGCGGACGACAAUGGCGGGCACGCCGUACUGGAUGGCGCCCGAGGUCAUCACGGAGGGGGCCACGUAUAACGUGAAAGCCGAUAUUUGGUCCUUUGGAAUUACCAUUUACGAGAUGGCCACGGGCAACCCACCGUACGGCGAUAAGGAUGCAGUGCGCGCAUUGCAGAUGAUCGCGCACCACGAGCCGCCGCGCUUGGAGGGCCGGCAGUACUCGUCACUUUUGAAAGAGUUCGUGGCAAUGUGUCUCGAGGAGAAGCCGGACCUGCGGCCGGCCGCGGGCGAACUGCUACACUCGCGGUUUAUCCGCGCAUACCGGCAGCUGCCAACCGGGGUGCUCCGGGAGGUCAUCGGGCGGUACUUGCUCUGGCGGGACCGGCGGUCGCCGGGGCGCCGUGCGGCCGAGCAGGAGGCGGAGCGCGAGAAGGCGCGGCGGCAGAUCGAGGAGCAACGCGAGCGCGAGCGGCGGCCGGGGUCCGAGGCCGAUGACGAGGCCGCCGGUUGCGACGUGAAAUGGGAUUUCGACUCCCUCAAGUCUGCAGAGUACAUUGUGGAAAAUGACAUAGAAGUGGGCGAGGAGCCCGAGGAGGGCAAAAAUGUCGAAAGUAGAGAAAAAGAUGGAUUUGACAGUUACACCGAGGGUUACGGUGAAAGUUCUGCAGACGGCUCGACUUCUUCUGGCCGGCAGUUCGACUCGGCGAUGUCGCCCGGUACGGUGACACCAUCGCACCUCCUGGUGCCGCACACCAAGACGCUCGGUCCCCGGCCGGCAGCCUCGACGCCCACGUCCACUGCCCCGCGGUCGCUCUUGAAAUUAUUCAAGGAGGGCUUCGGGGACGAGGAUGACGACGGCCGGGUGAAUGACGCGAUGGGCACGAUCCGCGACGAGGAUGCGCUUAUAAUUCCACCGAGCGCCGGUGCGCCGGGGCCCUCGACUGCGGGGUCCAUCGAGAUACCGAAUAUGGAAACUUUGGAGGAGCAGGGGAGGCAGAUGGUUGCCGGGAAGAAUCACGAAGGGGUGAGGGAUGUGAGGGAUGCGAGGGAUGUGAGGGAUGCGAGGGAUAAUUCGAGGAAUAUGAGGGAUAAUUCGAGGGAUAUUUCGAGGGAUAAUUCGAGGGAAAAUAUUCACACCCAAAAUAUGAGGGAUAUUUCGAGGGAUAAUAUUCGCGCCCCCUCCCACCCCAGACUUAUCGCCCGGUCAAAUACUAUCACCACGUCUCAACCCUCCAAACUUCAGCUUGCCGCCGCCGCCAACGGCGUCAUCCCCGCACAGAAGUCCCCCGACCUCCGUGCGGCCCGCCCAUCACCCCGCAGCUCCCCCACCCACAUGAAACCCCUCGCUGCCGCGCCUUCCCAGCCCCUCCUCCAGCCCAUAAAUACGGCCUCCGCAAACUCCGUCGGCCCGAUCGCCCCGGGACCCCAGACCGCCCCCGCGGUGUCGGGCUCCGACUAUUUCGCCUCCCCCGGUGCCGGGCCCCCGGAGAAACUCAACCAGUUCGGCGUCAACACCAGCCUGGCCGCAAACAUCCCGCUGACUAUGACCCCGGUCUCCGAAAAGCCCCCGGACCACCGCAAAACAAGUCUCUCCCAGCUCCAGCAGCAGCCCUCCCUUGCCGAAUCCAGCAAGAUCGGCCACUACCGCCAUCUCAGCACCCACAGAACCGUCAGCGGGUCUUCCCAGCACUCACAGGCCUCCCAGGUCUCCAACCUCACUUCUCAGACUUCCACUUUUUCUGCUGCUUCUCAAAUUUCUGCUGGCUCUAAAAUUUCUGCCGGCUCUAAAAUUUCUGCUGCCUCUAAAAUUUCCGCUGCCUCUCAAAUGUCUUCUGCUUCUCAAAAUUCUGCUGCUUCUCAAAAUUCUGCUGCUUCUCAAAUUCCUUUCCAAAUCUCAUCACAACUUUCUUCUCAAUUCUCUGCCCACUCUCUUGCCUCAUCUAGGGCUAUGGCCAGACUUGCCGAACUGCAUGUUGUCGACACUUUCGAUUCUUUACUUCCAAGUAGCAUCUUGGGUGAACCUCCAGAUUCCGAUGGUCUAGAUUCAGAAACAGAUACCAGUAGUGAUUCCGAGCCGCUUUUGCCGACCGAAGAUGCUGAAAAUAUGGCUACUGAGGUUUGCCAGAUGUUCGGCAAGUUCCGCGAUGCUCUCGAUAUGGUUGUUGAGCAGUUAUCUUGA